AUGGAGGCUGUGCACAUAGGCGGCCUGUUUCUCAGGGAGACCCUCGUAUACAAGGAGAUGCUGCCCGCCGUAAGCUCUGCUCUGAAGGCCGUAGAAGGCAGCGACUGGCAGCCACUGGCUGCCAGCUGUUACCACAGCGGCUCUCUGCCCACAGAGUAUCUCGUCCUGGAGGACUUGCAGGAAUCGGGCUUCAAGGUGGCCGAGAACGGCAAGCUCCUGGAUCGGGAACAGUGUUCGCUGGUUGUGAAGUGUCUGGCGCGCCUGCACGCUGCCUCUCUUUUGUUCGCAGGCCACGAGUCCUUCGCUGGUCCCACGUUCAAAACCCAUCCAUUGCACCUAGAGGGAGCUAAGGAUUUCUUCCGGACCUACACGCACAAGGCUUUCGCAGCAGUGGCGGAAAAUCUGGGAAAGCAUACCGGUUAUGAGAAAUACGGAACCAAAUACAGAGAGCUGAGUGCUGACAUUUUCGACAGGGUGGUACAUGCGGUGUCUUCUGUGACACCGGUGCUGGUGGUUCUGCUUCACGGCGACGCGUGGAAGAACAACCUCAUGUUCAGAUACAGCGGUGACCACGUGACAGACGUCAGAAUCAUCGAUUUCCAAAAUUGCUUCUGGGGGACACCAGCUUUCGACCUUCAACACUUCCUGUACGGCAGCGGUGGCGAGGAAGUUCACCGACACCACUUCGACCAGCUGCUGUCUGAAUACCACGAGACGCUGCAGACCUCGCUGCGCGCCUUGGGAUUCCACGAGCAGGCGGACGCCUUCCCGCUGCGGCAGCUGCUGAGGGACAUGGACGACCUGGCAAUACACGGGGUGUGUAUCUCCGUGGUGGCGGCCUCCAUCAUCCUCGCACCGGAGUUCCUCCCAGAAGACGCAGAGGAAGCGGUCAGCGAUGCCUCCACCAGUGACGUGUACUUCGAGCGCUGCACCAGCAACUCCAAAUUCAUGUCCCACAUGAAAUUCCUGGCUCCAGUCCUGGAAAGAAAGGGCGCAUUGUGA